AUGAGUAAAUCAUCACAAAAGCGAGGUAAAGACCAUUGGCAAGUUAAAACUUGGCUACUCAAUCCAUUUCAUUCAAAUGGAACUAUCAAAAGAGUUCCUGAGCUCGAAGAUGAAAUGGUGGAUCCACCGGAAAUGGUAGAUAAAAAUGUUUUCGAUCGUGUCUUUGGAUCAUUACUAGGCUUGGCUAUCGGCGAUGCUCUCGGUGCUUCGGUUGAAUUUCGACCACAACGGUUUUUAGUUGAAAAUAGAGUCACUGAUCUGCAGAGUGGUGGCACUUGGGGACUCAACAGAGGAGAGUUCACUGACGAUACAUCUAUGGCGUUAUGUUUGGCAAAUUCAUUGGUAGCAUGUCGUGAUUUCAUUCCUUAUGAUCAACUCGUACGUUAUAAAUGGUGGUUUCGGAAUGGUUACAUGUCGUCGACAGGAAAUUGCUUUGAUAUUGGCAAAGCAACAAAAAAAUCAUUACUUGAGUUUGAAUAUCGACAAGUGACGUUUAGCAAAGAGCAUAGAAUUCCAAUUGAUCAAAUGGAUUAUCUCCAUGAUCCGAAAUUACUGCGUCUGUUUGAUGUCGAUUGCAGUGAACAGGGUGUAGCUGGGAAUGGAGCUUUGAUGCGUCUCUGUCCCGUACCGCUCUUCUUUUAUCGCAACCCUAAAUAUGCUGUUAGAUUUUCAGGUGCUAGUGCAAGAACUACUCAUGGUGAUAGAAUCGCCAUUGAUGCCUGUCGUUAUUAUGGUGCUUUGAUGGUAGCUGCUCUGCUUGGAGAAAAUAUAGACGAUCUUCUUGAUUCAAAUUUCUAUGUGAAACAUCAAAAUUGGUUCAAUAAUGAGCCACUUCAUGAUAGUGUUAUGAAUAUUGUCGGAGGAUCCUUUAAAAAACGCGGUGGAUACGCUGAAGGUAUUCGAGGAAAAGGAUUUAUUAUUCAUGCUUUGGAAGCUGCUCUAUGGGCACUUUGGGCCAAUAAAGAUUCAUUUGAGCGAGGUGUCCUCGCUGCUGUUAAUCUCGGUGAUGACACAGACACAACAGCAGCGAUUUAUGGUCAAUUAGCAGGUGCUAUUUAUGGUUUUCAUGGAUUACCAAAAAAGUGGCGUGACAUUAUAUAUGGUCGAAACUAUAUAGAAUGUCUAAGCAGGUGGAUUGUCCAUGACGGAGAACGAUGGAGUCUGGAGAAAACACAAGGUUAUUUUCCUGAUUUAAUGACUUCUUCAAAACAACACACUGAUACCAUUAUCCGAACAGUUCCAGAAGAUCAAACUCCUCCAGAAGACGUUUCGUCUUCUCGAUCUCUGUCUAAGUAUUCUUCAGACAAAACUGCAGAAAGUAGGCACGGAAAUUCUAGAUCAUAUCAUCGUACACCAUCAGAACCAUUGCAUUCGACUGCUUUUUCCGCUAAUCGAAAACCUAGUCCGACGAGCGAAAUAGGUAAACCAUAUACAAGGUUCCACGAUCGAGAUUAUACUCCUGCGAAUGAUCCAUCAUCAAUGCCAGGCUAUUCUAUGGAAGGAUUAGAAACAUGUGAAGAUGUGAGUAAAUGGUUAAGAAGUUUGGAUAAAGCCUUUGCAAACUAUGUUUCUGGUUUUGAAACAAAUUUGGUGGAUGGAUUUUGGCUUCUCAAUCAUGUCACCAACGAAUCUCUUCUAAAAUACGGUGUGAAGAAGCGCGAACAUCAGGAAAAAAUUCUUAAUGAAAUCCGAAAAAUACAACAUAGAAUCGACGAAAAAAGAUUCAAAAAUUCAAAUCAGACUCGACUUUGA